GACAAAUCUGCACCAGGUUUGAAAAAUCACUCAGACCUGCCAAAGUAAAACCUUAACAAGCACAACUGCCUUUUGAAUCAAAGUCUGGAGGUUUGCAGUGAAUAGGCUUGAUGAGGGGCACAGGCAAAGAUGGCUUGUAGGGGACUGUGUGCCUUGGGUAUUAUUUUAGUUUCAGAAAUGAGAAAGCAGUGAAGAUGAGCACCAGCCCUUUGGACAACAGACAACUCGGCAGACAAUGUCCUAUCAAGAUGAAUAUGGCUCAUUCAAGAAUUAACUCUCUACUCAUCUUCUACCUCAGUUUCUUGCUGCUCAUCCACUUAAAAAAAUCACUUUGCAUGAGGAAUGAUUCCAGGUGCCUGUCAAAUUCUUGCCAAAAGAAUUCUCCGUGCAUUGCUGGUCAUAAAGAUGAAACUUGUGGUUGUACAGAUGCAUCAGUGGACAGUGUGGAGGAACUCUGCAAUAAAACCUCUGAUCCUUGCUCCUCAAACCCUUGUCUUCAAAACGCUACCUGUUUAAGCUCUGUGGGAAACCUCAGCUUUACUUGCGAGUGCCCUGCUGGAUAUAAUGGACCUACUUGUGAAACAGCCAUCAGUGUGUGUGACACAAACCCUUGUGAGCACGGCGGCACUUGCCAAAAUGGCCUGGCUGGGCCCACCUGCCUUUGUAGCGCAGGAUACACAGGUACACUCUGUGAAAUGGAUUUUGAUGAGUGCAUUUCUGAACCGUGCCACAAUGGAGCACUGUGCAGGGAUGGGGUUGAUGAAUACUCCUGCUAUUGCGUCCCAGGCUACCAAGGCAAGCACUGUGACCUGGAAGUGAAUGAAUGUGUGUCAGAUCCAUGCCUGAAUGGGGCAACGUGUCUCAACCAGAUAGGACACUAUGACUGCAUCUGUCCACUCGGGUACACAGGGACAAAUUGUGAGCUGGAAAUAGAUGAGUGCUUGUCACAGCCAUGCCUGAAUGGUGCAACCUGCUGCGAUUCCCUAUGGAGCUUCUCAUGCUCCUGUGCGCCAGGCUUCCUUGGCGACCUCUGUGAAACCAACAUUGAUGAAUGCGUCAGCCAGCCGUGCCUCAAUGGGGGACAGUGCAUGGACGAUGCCAACAGGUACAGCUGCAACUGUACUGGCACUGGAUUUAGGGGACUACACUGUGAGACCCCAACCCCCUUAUGUUGGUCACAACCAUGCUACAAUAACGGCACUUGCGAGGACAACGCUGAGAAUUAUACAUGCCACUGUUGGCCAGGCUACGCGGGGUCUCGCUGCGAGGAGGACGUCGGGGAGUGCGGCAGCAGCCCCUGCCUCGCCGGGGAGUGCGUGGAGCGCUCCUGGGCCGCCCGCUACGGCAGCGUCCCGGGGCUGCCGCCCGCCUUCAGCUACGCCGCGGCCGAGGGCUACAUCUGCAGCUGCGCCGCGGGCUUCACCGGUACUCACUGUGAUGAAGACAUCAACGAAUGUUUCACAAAUCCUUGCCAAAAUGGAGGAAUCUGUGAGAAUUUUCCUGGGAGUUACACUUGCCAUUGCCCACCUGCAGACCAAGAAGGAAUUUAUUAUGGUGGCUGGAACUGUACAGAAGUUCUCCAUGGCUGUACUGAUCAGCAAUGCCAAAACAAUGGAAUAUGUAUCCCACAUUUGAAAAACGGCCAACAUGGAUUCAGCUGCAUAUGUUCACCAGGAUAUACUGGAAUACACUGUGAAACCACAACCACGUUUUCUUUUCAAGGAAACAGUUUCUUUUUGUUGAAGAAUCCCCUGACGUCUAAAAAGGAAUUUUUCUAUAAUAUAAAACUGAGGUUUCAGACUGUGCAACCUACAACUUUUCUAUUUCACCGAGGGGAGAAAAAUACAUUUGCUAAGCUGGGGUUACUGAAUGGCUACUUACACUUAUCUGUGCAAGUCAAUAACCAGCCACAGGCUCUUUUGCUUAUUUCACAUAAUGUCAGUGAUGGAGAGUGGCAUUCAGUGGAGGUAACCUUGGCAAGAGCUGUUUCUCUUAAUUUGCUUGACAGCUCUUGUGUAGAAUCAUGUCUGAAUAAAACGUCUGUUAUGAUAGAUAACGAUCAUGUGAUGCUUGCAUAUCAGAGCACAUUUUUGGGUGGCUUACCAGUGGGGAACAUUAGCAGCAACUCUCUACCUAACAUCUAUGAUGUACAUUUUGCACCUUCAUUUGUAGGCUGUCUUCAGGACAUUGAAAUAGACUCGAAUGUUAUUACCCCAGAGAAUGUAACACCUGAAUCAUCUUUCAAUGUCAGGACAGGAUGUACUAAAAAGGACUGGUGUGAAACCCACCCCUGUCAGAACAGGGGACGCUGUACCAACCUGUGGCUGAGCUACCACUGUGACUGCUACCGGCCAUACACAGGGCCAAGCUGCAGAACAGAGUACAUUCCAGGCCGGUUUGGAUCUGAGGACUCCUCAGGCUAUGCUGCUUUUUCUGUUGAUGCCACUCAGACUGAAAAUUUGAACAUAUCAAUGUUUGUCCGAACACGCAAAUCUUCUGGCUUGUUACUGGCUUUGAGAAACAGUACUUAUCUCUAUGUAAGAAUCUACUUGGAAGGUGGGAAACUCACCAUGUUAGCUCUAAAUUCCAUGAAGCUAGUAGGGAAACGCUCCAUGAAUGAUGGAAACUUUUACUUAAUAACAUUAAAAAUAGAACCAAAUAAGAUGGAAUUGUUCCAGUCUUCUCAAUACCUAGGCUUUAUUUCUACUCCAGUAGUAAAUAUGCAAACUAAGGAUAUUCUUUACAUUGGAGGCCUACCAGAUAACAAAGAAACUGAUAGAAAUGGCAGAUAUUUCAAAGGCUGCAUCCAAGAUGUAAGAGUGAAUAACCAGCCACUGGAAUUCUUCCCCAUCACCAAUCCACUGAAUUCUCUUAACCGAACUCUGAUCAAUAUCACCCAAGGUUGCACUGGUGACAAUCUCUGCAAGUCCAACCCUUGCCACAAUGGUGGUGUGUGCUAUUCAAUCUGGGAUGACUUCACUUGUGCGUGCCCCCCUAACACAGCGGGGAAGGCAUGCGAGGAAGUUAAGUGGUGUGAGCUUGGGCCCUGUCCUCAUGAAGCACAAUGCCAGCUAGUGCAUCAAGGAUUUGAAUGUCUUGCUAACGCAGUGUUUAGUGGCCGGAGCAGUGCGAUAUUUUACCGAAGCAACGGAAAAAUCAGCAGAGACCUCACCAAUAUCAUAUUUGGCUUUCGAACUAGGGACACUGAUGUGAUACUUCUGUAUGCGGAGAAGGAGCCAGAGUUUGUUACCAUCAGUAUUCACAACUCCAAAUUACUCUUUCAAUUGCAAAGCAGCAACAGCUUUUAUAAGCUGACCCUUGCUAGUUCAUUGCCUGUGAGUGAUGGAAAAUGGCAUCAAGUGACAGUCUCUAUGGUAGAGCCCCUGUCCCAGUUCUCUAGGUGGUACAUUGAUGUUGAUAACAAGAAAGACACUGUAACUAGCACAACUGCCGCAGGAAGCCUCAACUUUUUAAGAGAAGAGACAGACAUCUAUGUGGCUGACAAGGCUUUUGACAGUCUGGAUGGCCUACGAGGAUGUAUGAGCACCAUAGAAAUCAGUGGCAUCUAUCUCUCAUACUUUGAAAAUGCUGACAUCCCCACUAAAAAACCUCAAGAGGAACAAUUUAUCAAAAUAUCUGCAAACCCUGCUCUUACGGGCUGUUUGCAGGUAGAUGUCUGCAGCUCAGAUCCCUGUAUGCAUGAAGGGACAUGUGAAGACUUCUAUACUUCCUACCAUUGUGUAUGUCCCAGAGGAUGGACCGGCACCCAUUGCGAAAUCAACAUCGAUGAGUGUUCUUCAAACCCCUGCAUUUAUGGAAACUGCACUGACGGGAUCACCUCUUAUGAGUGCAGUUGUGAGCCUGGUUACACAGGGGUAAAUUGCGAAGAGGACAUAGACAACUGCCGUGGCCACCAGUGUGCAAAUGGGGCCACUUGCAUUGAUGGGAUUAAUGGAUAUUCUUGCCUGUGUGCUGGUAACUUCACUGGAAAAUUUUGCAGAUACCGAAGAUUGCCCCAUACAGUUUGUGGGAAUGAAGAAAGAAACCUCACAUGUUUCAACUACGGCAACUGCACUGAUCUCAGCGGCGAGUUGACGUGUGUGUGCUUGCCAGGAUUUGCUGGAGAACGGUGUGAGAAGGACAUUGAUGAGUGCAGCUCCGACCCAUGUCUGAACGGGGGCCUCUGCCAGAAUCUACUCAACAAGUUCCACUGCCUCUGUGAUGUCAACUAUGCUGGAGACCGUUGUGAAAUAGAUUUGACAACUGACUUGAUCUCGAACCUAUUCACCUCCAUUGGCUCAGUAACGCUGGCCUUGUUGUUGAUCCUCUUCUUGGCAGCUGUGGUUUCCUUCAUCGCUGCCAAUAAACGGGCGACUCAAGGGACCUACAGCCCCAGCCGGCAAGAGAAGGAGGGAUCCCGGGUAGAGAUGUGGAAUAUGGUGCAGCCACCGCCAAUGGAAAGACUGAUUUAGAAGAAAGCUCUCCUCUGUCCUGGAAGAUGGCUGAAAGGGGACAGUGUAUAUAUGUUUGGUAUAUUAAUUUUCAUUCUGACACGAGGAAUACUCAUUAUAAAAAUUACAAUGACUUUGGGCUUUGACUAUUUAACUUUUAAGUUCAAUAACAUUAAAAUUCUCUUAGCAUUUAAGUGAACCAAUGUCAUUUAUCAUUGUUUUGGACCAACCUCUCCAAGGACAAUUCUUAUUUGCACUGGGAACUGCAGCCUUGCUAAUCAGCAGUGGGCGUUGCAGACAGUAAAGGCUCCUGGGAUACAAGUGCCUGUCUUGGAUGCAGCAUGGAUAACAGCUUCUCAUUUGUGUUCCUUUUACUGCUUAGCAAUCACUGCUACAGAAGAUGAUGCAGACAAAUCAAAUAAGCCUGUACAAUAAAGACAUUGUAAUUCUGUUAUCAAAGGGUUUAGUACUAGAGCUGUGUCUCAGCAUAUUUACUUUCAUCUGUUAAUCAGGGAUUAUAAGGAAGCUCUGCAAAAACUCUCCAAAAUAAAUGCUUCAUAUUUAAUUGGUUUUCUUUCCUCCAGUUCUCUCAUUUUACCUGUUGCCCCCCAUGUCCUACUGAGAAGAAUUUCAGUUUCCACAAAAGUGUAUAUUUCUCUGAGUAUAAAAGACUGUACCAAAAUAUGUGGUAGGCACAAUCUGACCUCUUAGGAGACAUGGAAUCUAAACUUGCUAAACAAAUUCUGUGCAUCCACACUACAGCUAUUUUCUUAUAACAGUAUUACCUGAUGAUCCAUUUUAGAAAACUGUUGCUUCUCACAUUGCAAACACACAUUGGCUGCCCAAAAGCAUGCUCAAAAACAUUUCCCAAAGCUCAUGGAAAAUACCAGGAAAGAGGCAGGAGUGGCCUACAGGUAAAGGCCCAGCUUGGAAAUAAUUAUGACAGGCUUAGCGCUUCUUCUGGAACUCAGACUUCUCGUGUGAUCAUAGGAAAAUAAAUUUUUAUGGCUCAAUUUUCCUCUUCUAAAACAUGGAUAAUCUGAUUUACCUGCCUCAUAAACCUCAGCAGCAAAAGGAUUGCAACUGUUUAUUGAAAAAGAAACUAAUGCAUAAAAUGUAAUGGAAUAACAGAAGAAGUUGGGGAGAAUUCUUGUAAUGAAAUAGACAUUUGAAAAUCUUAGAAAGACUUGGUGAUCAUUCUUGUAGUAGAAAAGGAUGUGCCAAACAGACACCCAGGUCAAAGGGGUUUUUUUUAAUGCAGAGGAAAAUUUCAGCAGUAACUCAUUCCGUUAAUUUUCACGUGUAGUCCAGAAAUUAUAGCAUAAACAGUGCUCCCACAAAAAGUGAACCCACUGAAAAAAAAAAAAGAGGCAAUGGAGUGAAAAGUUCAUUAUGGUGUUUCUUUCCUCCUGCAGUUCAGUUUAUAUGUUUCCGCAGUCACAAAACAACCCAUAUAUUUUAUACAUAUAAAAUCCUAGAUGCUUAUUCCAGGAAUUGCAUAAUAGAAUACGUACACUCAGUAUCCAAGAGUUUAAGUCGUCUUUUUAGUUUAGGAUCAAUUCAUAAUUCAUUUUGAAUGAACCCCUUAAAGGAUUAGUGAAGCUCAAUGUCAUUUCUAUGUAUUUUCAUAUCAGAAGGUCAGCAGUAACUAAGGUAAUAAGCACAUCCUGGAUUUUCUGCAGUCCUCACCAGGAUCUUUCAAAGCAAGUCACUAUAGAAAAUGUGAGGGGAUGGUGGGAUUCAAGCAGAGUUAAAAGAGUAGAAUGUAGUCACAGCGAAAAUGAACGACAGAUUUUAUUCUAGCCUAGUUUACAGCUUAUUAUUUUGAAUGCAAUUGCUGUUGUACAGCUGCAGUCUAAAUCCUGAGAGUUCAAAUGGCAGGAAAGAAUGGAAAUGUAAGUUACCAAAACGUACAAUGGGAGAUAAGAGAUAACAGAGAUCCAUGGUUGAUUUUUUCCAAAUCACGGCAUUAUGUAAUUACAGACGUAACAGCUUUUAAUUGAAACUCUUGGUUCAGCACAGUGUUUGUCCUGGGACACUGCUAAUAGAGAAUAUCGUAAUAAUAAUUCUCAUAAGAGAGAAUACCAUAAAGUUUGUCGUGUGAGACCAUUUCUAGAAAGAUAUAUGAAUAUUGGAAAAAAAUAAGAAAUUGACUCAGAGAGUGUACAGUUUGAAGUAGGGAAACGGUGAACAAGACAGCAAAGAACAGCGUGUGAUGAUGAGAGACCGCAAGUGACGGAGGAGUGAUUUGCGUGGAUUCUGACUACACACAUUGAUUUAGCUUUCCCCCAAAAAGCUGCGAGAGACCCAAAGGCAAGGCCAUCUCUGCCUAGAAAGUGGCAAAGCAGGCAAAGACAGGAAUCUGCCGUGACAGGGCAAGCAAUAACUAAGUGGAGAAGGGCUGCAAGAUGGGAAGCACUUGGAGCCAGAGAAGUCUGAAAACAAGGAGCCAUACAGAAGCACAAAUUGGGCACAAGUAGCAACGUAGUAAAACGGAUACAAAGAAGAUGCAUCGAUGCACUCGGUUUGUGUUCUUGGGUUUCAGGUCAAUGAGCUAAAAGGAGAAAUAAAAUUGAUAGAGAUCUCAGGGAACAGCAGAAAUGGAGAAAUUAAGUAAUUUCAGAAAUAGCUGUAGAAUGAUCAUAAUAAAGAUCUAACUUUGUAGUUCACUUGGAAGUUUUUGAGCAGGAGGCUGGACUACAUGACAUCAGCAGGUCCUUUACAGACUAAGCUAUUACACGAUUCAAAGAACAAGGACAAAUGAGAAAAUGCAGCUGAAGAUGGAGGCAGUCUGCAUGGAGAACAAACUCAAAGAAGUAUUAUCGUUCAUGGUGAAAGAUGGAGCAAGAAAAAGGAAGUGUCUGGAAACUAAUUCUGCUCUUCUCAGUGGUUUGACUGUCUGGAUGAAAUUUUGGAGACAGUAGAAAAAUAAUCUGCACAGAGGUAAAAAAAUAUUUGAGAAAGUGUUGCCACACAGAGAAUCCAGGGCUGAGCAAGAUACCCAGGAACACAGACAGAGGAAGGAAGAGGCAGAGAAGAUGAAAGCCUGAAGAGUUUUCAUACAGACCAAACAGAGCUCUGGAGGAUUAUGCUCCUAAAGAAUUAAAAAGAGCCAUAAGAACAAAACAAAGGGAAAAUCUCACAGUAAAAUACAAGCAUGGUUUGUAGCAGGUAAAUCAAGGAGACAGAAGGCAGGGGGGAAACCUCUGAAGUAAAAUUAGAGUAAGUUGUGAUUGCUGUCAGACUCAAUGGAGAGGAAACAAUAAAAAUAAGUGGUGAAAAUCCACGCCAAAGUGACUGAAGAAAAGGAAAUGAAAGUGGACGGCACUUGAGGAAGGUGGAGGCAAAAUCUGGAUCGCAGUGAGGGUGAAGCUAGGCUUUCUUAGCAGUGAGGCCAUGGGAAAGGGAGGGAGGACAAUGGUGAACCAGGGAUUACCCACUGAAGCAGAUCUGUGUAAGGGAACUUAAAGGGAGCGUGUUUUAUUCCAAAGGGGGAUUAAGAUGUGAACUAUUCAACACUCUAUUUACAAUCUUAUAAGAAACAAACAGGAAAAGACCCCAAAGGCACCAGUGUCAGUUCUAAACAUACUUCCAGAAAAGCUGAAUUAACAGAGCAACAACCAAAGAAAUCAAGAAGGCUGAGCUGGAAAAGCUCAAUAGCAGCCUGGAGAAGCACAAAACGUCCCGAGGCUAUCACUACAUUAACAUGUUACAGCAAUUGUGAAACAUGCGGUUAGGAAGACUGACUCUCCUGGGCCAUAUCUCAACCAGGGAACAACAGUUAAAACAAAAGAGAAUACAUUAUAAAGACUGUCUAAUACGAUCUUUGCUGAGAUUUAAACCACAGAUUAAGACUCAUAUAGGAGACAAUAAGCUUUUUACUGCUUCUCAGCCCAGGGGUAUGAUAAAAUACAUACAGAAGCACAGACAUUCAGGGAGGAGCAAUAACAUCUAAGAGCUGAGGAGAGCAUUUGUGCUGCAAUAAGGAAAUAAUACCAAGAUUGUCUUCUGGUUAUCCAAAAAAAAGCACUGAUAACCUCCAUUAAUAUGGAGGUGUCUUCAUGCAAAAGACUUAAGAUAUUCAAAAUUAUAUUUGUUUAAUCUAUCUCACUAUUUGACUCAAAAGCUGAAAGUAAAAUAAUUUAUUCACUAUCACUUGCAACCUAUCCAUUAGAGAAACAAAUGCACAAUAUGCUCCCAAACCUUUCACAUUUAAACUUUCUCUUCACAUCUAACAGCCUUCUACAAAGAAAGCCAAGGUGCUAAGUUGGAACACAUGAUAUGCUUUGCACAAAAUUCCUCUGAAAAUACUCGGAGGCAGGGGAAGGAUGAAGCAACUUACUCCCCUUUCAUAGUACCUUUGCUUUUGCCUUGGAAAGAGGCAACAUCCAGCCUAUGAAACAGAGAGUACCUUCAGAGUCCCAGGAAUAUUUACAUUAGGCAGAAUACAGAUAUUGCAGCUAGAAUUUGGCCAGUUCAAAAUGGUCAUAGUGCAUCACUGCAUUAUGUGCCUUUUCCAUUUUCUGUAGAAUUAACUGUUCCUUCUCUGUAUGUACAUAGUACGUUUAUAGCUCAGAUGGUGUAUUCAUACUACUAUUUUGCUGUGUACAGGAUCAAAAUGACCAAUAAAUAUGGAUUAUAUUGAGCCACAUGUAACCUAUAUUUUUUGCUUUAUGGGAGUGUCUCAUCAUGCAUUCGCAAAGGAACUUAUCCUCAGGCCAGAACUAUAUUUGCAGUUUAAAAAGUCAAAUUUGCCACCUGGAAUCAAGUGAUCAAAAAACUUUUUUAUACUUGAAAAUGAGAUGAGUGUGCUUUGUGCUGUGGUUGAGGUUGCCAGCCUCAGCAUUGCAAUCUGCACCUUCAAUGAUAUCCACACCGACUAUUUGUCCUGUGUCCAUCAAAGGCAGGUGUUUUGUGCCAAGUCCCGAGGUGGUAUGAAUCAAUACAAUUUCACUGGACCUAGUUUAUACAAGCUGAGAAUCUCAUGCUCUGAUUUUUAAACAACUACUGAGUUUCCAGCACUGCAGAUGAGCGCAGGCAUAAAAAUGUCAGAGCAGUGAGAAUUUUCAUCACUUAAUGUGAAUCCCAUUUUCACAAGGGGCUUUAUUCUCACCUCAACACUUUCUCCAUUACUUUUUGAUAAAAUCAAUAAUCUCAGAAACCAAUAAGUCCUAUUGUCCCAAAGGCAUCACCUACCUUUAAAUUAAAGGGGAGGAAUUCGGAUGUACUGAUGCCUGCGGUCGCACUGCAAGCUCCCCUCCAACCCAGCUGGCCAUGGCUGCGUUCCCUGAGACACCUCUAAGCAAGGCAGAUUUAUGACAAACAAAACACUGUCCCUUCACUUUCACAAGCCUUCUUUGAGCAAUGUCCAGCCCUGCCUCUAUGGCCAUUUAGCAGCUGAGUCCCAGGAUCCAAGUUUGUCAAGGCGACUUGUGUGGAAGUUUCACUGCUUAAAUCAAUACUACCUUCAAGAGGUACUCCCAGCCCUGAGGAACAUCUCAAAACCCAGGAAACUUGUGCUUUGCCAUUAUUUUAGUAAGUGGAUGCUGUAAGACUUUGUACUACCAAGUAAUUAACACUGAUGAUUGUGAUCUGACCCUGUGGGUUUUAAAUCGAAAACAAUGCUUUCCUGUGUUCUCUAGAAGAUGAAUGUCACCACCAAUGGUUUGUUUCAGUAUUCUGCAAGAAAUCUCAAGAAUUCUUAUUUGUUUCAACAAGAUAUGAUUUUCUUUCCUCUUAUGUACAAGUGAGUGAUUCAAAACCUUGAUAGUAUAGGACUUACUGCUAUGAUGCCACACUAGUUUUCCAGUUGUGACAAGCCAGACAAGCUCUCAGAUGGGAAAUCCUCUCCCUUCUGAGGUCUCAAAAACUUGUGCCUCCCAUUUCUUGAGGAAGCAAGAAAGCAUCUGGCUCAUCCAGCUUUCUAGUCAAUGAGGCGCUAAGCUACAACUUAUUGGCAUCAUUGGUGUCUGAAGUCCAGCGAGUGAUUAUUGUUCAAACAGAUGUUAACUAAUACAAAACACCUUCUAAAUUAUGAAAUAGAAAGAACACCAUCGAUUCACUUUUUCAAGGCCAUAAUAAAUAAAGGGCUGGAGCAGAAAGCUUAUUCCCGGAUAAGAGACAGCUAAGUCUUUUUCCCAGCAAAAAAUAUCUGAACUGUGUUUUAUUUAACAUAAGCCCCAAGUCUCCUGCAAGUCUUUCUAUAGGACAAGCCUUAUACAUGUAAUGUCGCAUAACAUCAGGAAUCAUGGACAAGAGCAUUUUGGCCAAGUUCCUUUUCUUGUGCCAUUCAGUCGCCACUCAGCUAAAGAACUAGCAUCUCUGAAAACAAUUCAGAAAAAGAGCAUCAGAUUCAACGUUGCAAGUCAAUAAAGUUGAACAGCAAGUAUCUGACAACACUGAAAUUUUGCCUGUUGCAAAACGUUACAGUUGAAUGAAUGGAUGGGGCUUUCAUGCCCCACUGAAGCAUGCACAGGCUUCAAACUACUGGCACAUGUCAAGAUGCUGCAAAACCUGACAUUUAUAAAAGAUACAUCUGGUGUGUAUUUAUUGGGAGCAGAGUAAGGUCUUGUUUAAGUACACGUGAAUUGGAUGUGGAGAGCUGGCGAUACCCUGUGCCUCACAGUAAAAGCAUGUUUUAACCUAAACUCCUCCAUCUAUAAUGCAUGCCAUGAGGUGUGAAGAACUCUUGUGCAUUGAAAAGCCAGAAUAUAAAUUAUGAAUCAAGGCAUAGGUGGAAUCCUGAAGGCCAAACAGAGUUCUCAGUUCAAUGGUGAUGUUUCUAGGUUUAGGUUUACCUUUAAAUGAUAUUUCUGGAAUAAAAAUGUAUUGUAUAUUUUAUAUUGUAACCUAUUUGAGCAACUUUGUUAUGUUUUGACUUGUUUUCACAAAAGCUGCUUUUAAUUUCUGCUGUUAUCAGGCUGUGAUUUUUCUUUGCCCAAAAUAAUUUGGCAAAGCAAUUACAUUACCAGGAAUUCAUCUAAUGUCAUCAAACCCUGGUGAGACUGACAUGUCCAAACCAUGACUUUAUAUCACAUUUUUUGAUCACAGAAAUAUGACACAGCCCUUCAUCUGGUUUUAUGCUCUUCAUGGCACUGUUUAAAGCAUGACAUUUUUCUCAGCUCAAUAUUGUGUAUGACCUUUCAGAUUUACCCUGUAGUUUCAGCAAAAGUGCAAUUUUCAUUGGCAUGUAUUGUAAUAACUAGUGAUGACAAAAAUGUGUGUUUCCAAUUUAAACUCACUUAGUUUCACUUGGCACCUGCGCUAAACUUCACUUGGCAGUCAAAAUUCAGAAACAGUGACAGCAAUGUAGGCACUGGACGAGUGAGAGCAAACCAAAAGGGCAGGCUUUGCACCGCAAGGCUAAUUACAUGUGACUGUUGGGUCCGUGAGACUUUUUCACCUGUACCAACAGCUAUUUGCACUGCAGCAUGUGCACAGUGUACAAGUAGUCACAGUGCAGGGCAGCCUCGGGUUAAAUAGCUGCUUUCUAGCCCACAAAAUAAACAACUUAAUGUCUUCCAGGCAGCUAGUAGGAGGUAUUAACAGAAUUUCAAGUGUUACCCCUAAGUUAUUUCACAGUCUUUAGGCAGAUUAGAAACGCAUAAGUCUGUGGGGAAGAUGUGUGAGGUAUUUCCAUAUAGUUUCGGUCCAAGUAUAAAACAGCUUAAAGAAUUAAAUGCAGCUUUAGUUGCUUCUAAUCAUAUCCUCAGCACGUAGGUACACAACGUCCGAAUGACAGGCUGUAUGCAUCCAGCAGCGACAGGGCAGCCUGCAUUACCGCAGCUAGGCUGGGAGCAGCACAGAGCGGAGGCAUUAUUUUGGAGUAAAAAGCACAAGGCUCUCCUUCCAGGCUGCCUACAGCACUGCUGCCUGAUUAUCAUUCCAAGCCUUGGAUGCAAUAACCGCGGAAGAUCCAUAGCAGUCACCUUGACCCAGACCCCAACAACAGAGCAGCAGACAAGCAAACCAGAGGAGCACAGAUGCUCCGCUUUCCCUCCUCGCUCUCAAGUACUGGUGACCCCAGCUCUUCCAGAGAUUUAAAUAUUUCCCCGGGCACACCAUUAUGUCAGUGAGCAUUGUUUAAAGUGAAUCAGCAGGUUGAGACUUUCCUUUUUAAGUGUAUGAAACCUCCAUAUCCAGUUGAACGAAGCACAAGACCCAGUGUCUGACUGUUUUCUUUCAGAGGGAUCUGUCCCAGGAUCACAGAAAACUUUCUUAAACCCAACCCCCAGGAAAAGGGUGGCUCUGUGAGGUUUUUGAAGGAGAAAUGAGCCCAACAGAGAAGAUGCAGAUCUGCCUUUCAGAGGUGACUCAGUGCUGCACAAGUGAUUAAACCAGCCCAAGAAAAGAUUGUUCCAGUUCAAAACUGUGGGUAACAGUGACCACUGGGCAGAAAAAAUAUGUGGCUGUGCACAAGACCUGGAUGGAAUAGAUUAGUCGGUGCUUGUCACUCAGUCCUGGGAUACAUUUUGCUUGUGUAGCCUGCCUGAGAUAUAGAAAUCGUUUGUCAAAUUUUCUGACAUUGGGGAGAAAAGGCAGUAAAGAGGAAAAAAACGCAUUAUACAAGUACUGGUCUGUUGACAUUUAAAAUGAGACAAUGAUGAGCAUAAAAAAAGGUUAAAAAAAAUCCUGGGCUGAUAACCCAAAGGGUCAAAGACAAAUCACAAAAUAGAAUGCUACUAAUUAGGCUGAAAUGCCAACAAUGUUCAGUAUAUCGUUUAAAGUAUCUGCAGUGUCAGACUGCUACCAUGACCCCCAGUUGGAAUAUGCCAAGGUGAAAUGUAGAAAAGGACUAAAUCAGAUAAGUUAAACACAAAUAUUUUAAAAUGACAUUUUAAUUUCUACCCCACCAUUUUAACAUUUUCGAAAUUGUUAAUAAGCAUGUCACCUAUUCUCAGAGCAGGCCAAAUGUCAGAUGUUUGUAUGUAUUAUUCAGCUGAACAUUUUAAGUACAUAAUCUUUCCCUCUGCUAAACAGGUGGGAUUAUAUUAACAGGCUAUUUUCUUAAAAGGAACAGUGAAUAAAAACCUGUUGAUGCUAUUAAACAGUGUAGUGCUGAGUAUGGAACCAUUGCCGGUAUGGAACUGAACAAAGGUCUGCAGGAAGGAGAGGGCUGGGAGCAGGUAGCCACAGCUUUCUGCUGUAUCUAAGACUUCUAAAGCAUAUUUCAAUGGACUAAGACCCAGAGCCUCAGAAGUCAGCCAUUACAAGUUAAAUUACGCCACCAAGCUAAACCACACUAAAAAAACAGGCUCCAGAAGUUUUAAAAUGAGUGCAUCAAGGCUAAAAACUUAAAGUCAAUCAUGGUUUUGAAUAUUUGGCCUUUGAACAAUCCAGGCUGAGAAAAGCACCCUCUGCCCAUCUCAAACAAACAGAAAUGUUCCUCUUCAUCAUUUAGGAAGAGUCUUAAGAUAAAUCAAAUGAAGGGAUUUUACACUAGGAUGGAAAAUGUUAGUUGAGUUACUCAUGAACAACAAACUCCCGUAGGCAAAUGAGUCUUUUGUAAGCUCUACAUGGCAGAGUACAUCUUUACUGUGUCUCAUCCAUGAUACUGACUUAACAAUUAAAACCAUAUAACAGAUCUAAACCAAAAAAGGUUUAACCAAGUGUGAUAGAUUCUUUGUAGUCCACAUUGUACCCUUCAAUUUUCAGUAUUGCUGUGUGUUGGAUAUUAUGGCUGUUUUGUUCCCCGUGCUUCCAUGACAAUUAUUUGAGGGAAGUAGACCUGAAAAAAAAAUCUAGGAGCCUGGUCCUCCACUUUUCAGAAGAAAUGUGAAGUAGGCAGCCACAGACAGGAAAUGAUGGCCUACAGCAUAUUCCAAAUGUGCUUCCCAAACUUUGCUUUUGGAAGUAGCACUUGUUUACAUUUUAUACAGAAU